GCCAUAGCAAUGGCGUUGUCAACAAAUAAUAUAACUUGUUUGUCUCGUUUUCGCUCGUCGGUUUUGUGUUAUUACUUCAACAUCAUCAGUAGGAUGUAAACGAAAAAUCGUCUUGUGGAUAAACUGGAAUCAUUGCAUUCACGAUGUAUCAAGACGAAGUGAGAAACCUCGCCGACGGCAGAUUUUUGAACAUUGCUCGACGGUGUAAACCGCGAUGUUUUUUUCUAGUCAAGCGAUGUGAAGAAUAGAUUAGAGAAUUCAAGUCUAAUAAACUGGAUAUAAAAACACAAAGACAAGAAUGGAUGAAACAGAGCACGUAGCUCUCAUUGAGUGGUACUGCCAACAACAUUAUUAUAAUAGUAUGUUGACUCAAGUCAAGCAGGCACGCGAUACUUAUCCGAAUAGCGAGCGGCUGAAGCUGCUGUUCUGUCUGGCGAACAUUCUUGUCGGUAAGAACCACGAGGCCAUCAAGGAGAGCUCUAGCUUGCUAAACUAUGCUGAUGUCACACUACCAGCAUUGCUCGUGCAAAGCGUUGCCCUAGUUGACGGCGAAGUGGAGAGGAGCACCGUGACUCAGAUAGAGAACAGGAUUCGAGACGAGCGCAGAAAAGCAUCUUGUAUUUCGUUAUGUCUAGCAGCAUCUGUGUUGCUCCUCUCUCGUCGAGCAGACAAAGCGAAGGAGUAUGUGGACAGAGCAAGCAAAAUGAAACCCAUGAAUAUCAAUGUGUUAUUUAUCAAAGGAAAGCUGGAGCUCAGUUUGAAAUCGGGCACAGAUGUACAAGAGGCAGGAAACUUCUUUGAUUCCGUCUUAAAAGAAGAGCCAAGAAACCUGGGUGCAUUAUUAGGCUCUGCAGAGACGAAACGACGCAUCGGAGACUAUCCAAGUGCCAUCUUGAUCUUGAAUUCCUUGAUCGUGCGCUAUCCCAAGCAACCAUUUCCGUUGAUAGAAAAAAUGAAGUGUCUACUGGCAGCGAAGGAUUGGGAACAGGUGCUGGAGAUGGUAAACCGCGUGCUCACGAUCGAGUCGAACAACUUGGAUGGUAUCAAGGCAAGCUCGAUGGUGGCUUUGUGCAGAGAUGGCAAUCCCAGCGAGGGUUUACCACAGUUGCAGCUGUUUCUGCGUAACCUGCUGCUUGCUGAACCGAAGAACACAGUCUUGCUGAUUGAGAACUUGCAACUGUUCUCUGGUAUUGCAUUCCAAGACCAUGGGAUUCUGUUAGAGUUGGCACGGACGGCCGAGAAGAUGCUACAAGCGACAUCGUCGAGCAGCGCAGAAUUGAUGGCAGAGCUGGGUGACUUGUAUGCCGCGCUAGGCAAUGUCAAGGACGCCGAGCGUUGGUACAAGAACACCAUCCGCACUGAUCCAUCCUCUUUCGUGGCACUCUUGGGACUAGCACAUUGUCAGUUGCUGCAGGGAUCUGCGGAGGACCUGGAUCAGGCACGGCAACAGGUGGAGAUUAUGAUGGAGAUACAACCGAACUCGACAAAUGUCCAGUUACUGUUUAUGUCCGCAAAGAUCACUUCCAAAGAAAACAGCAUUAAGGCACUCGGUCACUUGGACACGGCGGCAAAUAUCUUGUUGAAGAACUGCGAGGGCUUUCCAUAUGGUUACGAAUAUCUUAGCAAGCUUAAACCAGGAUUAUGCCUUGAAAUUGCAAAGCAACGUUUAAUGCAUUCUUUGAAUAAGUCCCCAAUGAGUGACGAGCUGGGUAGCGCAGUGGAGAAGGAACCGAGUGUCCGUUUAUUGGAACGACUGGUGGAAGCCUGUCCAGGUUCCAGUGUAGCUACAUUAUUGCUCAGCAAGGCCAGAAUGCAAAGUGGCGACUACGAGGGUGCGCUGAUCUUGCUCAGGAGAUUAUUGGAUACGGUAGAACCAUCCAAUGCACAAGCCCAUCUCUUAAUGGCUCAGAUUCUGGCAUAUCAAGGCAAGUACCAGCUUGCUUCGCAGAACCUGGAGGUUGGUCUAAGCUACAACUUCAAGAUCCGAGACGAGCCAAUCUAUCAUUUAAUCAUCGGCAUGGUGCAACGAGAGGCUGGUGAUCUGCAGAACUGUGUUAAGAGCUGUCAGACAGCCAUGUCGCUGGUAGGCUUGACUGGCAGCGCCAAUAGAAAAUCCGAUAUGUCUACAUCAGACCAAGCGACAUUGUAUUUAGAGUUGAUUGCGGCAUAUAGCAAGGCAAGGCGGUUUGCUGAAGCACUGGCACUUAUCGACGAGGCGAAAACAAAUCUUGCCGGCACUACUGAACUUGGAAGAAUUACUAUCGGCACUGCUGAGGUCUAUCUAGACAUUGGAGAACUAGAGAAUGCUAUCAGCUGCUUGCGGAACAUUCAUCCAGGGCAACCGUAUUAUUUGCAGGCACACACCAGAUUAGCCGAAAUAAAUUUGAACUAUAAGAAAGAUCGCCAGGCGUUUGCUAAAUGUUUCAGAGAAUUGGUGGAACAUUGUCCUGGACCAAAGACGUACAGCAUGCUGGGUAACGCUUACAUGUCCAUACAGGAGCCAGAGAGAGCGAUAGAGGCAUACGAGCAAGCACUUUCACAAAAUCCGAUCAACAAAGCAGAUAUUGCGAAUAAAAUGGGCAAAGCGCUUGUCAAAGCGCAUCAAUAUGUGAAAGCGAUCAGUUAUUACAAAGAUAUUGUGAAGCAGGACAAUUGCGCCGCUCUAAAGUUAGAUCUGGCCAAGUUGUAUAUGAAGAUGAAACAGUAUGACAAGGCAGAAGCCACUUUGGUGCAAGAGCUGCAAGACAAACGAGGCGAGUCCGACAUUCUAAAUUUGGAGAUGCGAGGACAAGAGUUGUUAUUGCUCGCCAAGGUGCGUGAGAAGUCAGGCAACAUCAGGGGCGCAUUGGCAACUUUGAAGGAAGCCAAGGAGAAUCAACAUAGAUACAUCCAGCGUCUUGCCGCUUCGCCGGAUAUUGCAGAUCAGAAACAUAUGCUGGCAAAUAUCUGUCUGACGAUGGCUGACUAUGCGUCAACCUUACGCAACUAUGACGAAGCCAUAGUAUAUUAUAAAGAGGCACUGGCUCAUAAACCUACGGAUGUGAAUGCCCUACUUUCUUUGGCGAAGCUAUACAUGCAGAUGAACAACUUGGAUCGGUGCGCGCAGAAUUGUUCAAUCUUACUGAACGCUGAUCCUAACAACGAGGCUGCGUCCGUGAUGAUGGCGGAUCUCGCAUUUCGGAAGGUAGAUUUCGAUACCGCGGCAUUCCAUUUUCGACAGUUGCUGUUACGUCAACCCACCUAUUGGACUGCCUUGGCGAGACUGAUAGAAGUGUCGCGCAGAACAGGUGCUAUGGAUGACCUCGACGAGUGGCUGCAACGCGCGCAGAUCGCGAUGGGUGCUGGCAAUGUCGAGGCUGGCUUCUACUACUGCGCCGGAUUGCUGGAUUGGAGGACGGGUAAACUGAACUCCGCUCUUCGCAACUUCAAUUUUGCAAGACGCGAUCCGGAAUGGGGCCAGCAGGCGAUCUACAAUAUGAUCGAGAUCUGUCUGGAUCCGGACGACGACACUACUUUAUCGAACGAAGCCUUCAACGACGACGACACCGAAUAUCAGGAUUCAAGGACAAUGGCUUUGAGGACGGCUUACCGAUUGCUACAGGAAUUGAAUCCCAAGGGGAGCCCUCAUGAAGAACUGACCCACAAGCUUCUCAGCAAUUUCUUCUUAUUGGCCACCAAGCAGAAGUCUAACAUCGAGAAAGCCUUGCAGGAUUGUACUGCAUUGGCCAGUCAGGAGACUUUGAGAGAUCAUGUAGGACCUGCUCUCGGUAUGGCCACCGCACACAUCCUGUUGAAGCAAACGCCGCGCGCCCGGAAUCACCUGAAGCGCGUUAGCAAGAAUGUUUGGACGUUCGAGGACGCUGAGUACUUGGAGCGUUGCUGGCUGCUGCUGUCAGACAUCUACGUGCAAUCCAGCAAGUACGAGCUGGCGAACGAAUUGCUUAGACGAGUGCUGCAGCACAACGCUACCUGCGUGCGGGCCCACGAGCUUUCGGGCUACAUCGCUGAAAAAGAUCAGAAUUAUCGUGAAGCGGCAGCGAGAUACGGUCAAGCUUGGAAAUGCGGCGGCAAAACGAAAUUAUCAGUGGGCUAUAAACUGGCUUACUGUUGUCUGAAGGCGAAAAUCUACGCCGACGCGAUCGAAGCGUGUAACGAAGUGCUGAAACAGAAUACGGAUUAUCCGAGGAUUAGGAAAGACAUUUUGGAAAAGUGUAUUAAUAAUCUUCGUACGUGA